AUGAAACCAUUCAGAGAUGAUGAUGUAGAAAUUUACAUCCACAGCAAGGUCCUGCCACGGCACUAUCUGGUAUCCAAAGCAGUGGAGGAGGUGCAGAAAAUCGUCCAGCAACUGACCUCAGAAAUCAGCCGUAAGGCCUCACGAUUCCAGCCUAUCUACAACUCUGGCAUUCAUAAUGAGAAUAUUAAGGUCUUAGCACCCAGCCAGUUCGUCAUCACCGUCCCUCUGCGUGGCCUGUUUGGCUACAGGGAACACCAGACACGGCACUGGCGUUACUACACCGUGCAGGGAGCCAAGCUCCACUCCUCCGUGCGGGACCCCGAGGAAUUGCACCAGUGGCUUGAGGUGGAGCAGUUCGCCAAAAGCCUUCCACAAUGGCAUGAGAACGACGUGAACAUCGAAGGGGAUCUGGUUCCAGCCAAAGUCCUGACCGUCUUCCGGGAGCUGGUGGAGAAGUCAAUUAUCUCCUGUAACCUUUCCAAUAAAGUGACAAUGCUGGAGAGCUUCAGCUCAGUGGUCCGGGUGGCUGUGGAGACAUCCGAAUUGCAAGUUGAGGUAGAGCUGGCCCCCGCUGUGGAGAUUCCAACUUGCUGGCCCAAGAAAUCCAAGUGGCCCCGUUGCUUUAAGCAUUGGCCUUCUCAGGAAAAAGUGCAGUGCAUCAAGUCACUUGGUUUUGACCUCCUGGCCCGCUCCAGUUACCACUGGCAGCUGUGCUUCUUCCGUGCUGAGCACGUACUCAUGCAGGGGCUCGAUGAAGAUGGUGGUUGUCGCAUGAAGUGCUUCCGAGUCAUGAGGCAGAUGAAGGAAGAUGUCUGGUGUGCUGGGAAUAAGCCUGUCAUCACAGCCUAUCACCUUCAGACGGUGCUAUUCUGGACGUGUGAAAAAUACCCACGCACCAAGGACUGGUGCUGCUUUCGCGAAGCCUUUCUGAGGCUGGUACGGAAGCUGCACAAGUGUGUAAGCCAGCACUUCCUCAAGCAUUAUUUUGUGAAGAACACCAACCUGCUCAAAUACACCAACACCAGCGACCUGGACCUGGUGGCCAACAAGCUGGCGGUCUUCUUGGAGAACCCCGUGCUCUGCCUAGACUGA